CAGCGUUAGGGGUUGAGCUCCGUUUACUAACACGAUUGGACGCGUUUAUGCACUGCUAGUGUGCAUUGAGUACACGGGUGCAGUGUUGCUUUUUUUUUUGUAUGUGUGUGUAGAAACAGUGGAGCGCUAACAGCAGUGUCAGAAGUGUCGCUGUGCGCUCAGGAAACACCGAGGCUUUUGUGUGUGUCGCUAGCAUUCAGGCCGCGCUUUGUUUUGCUUGAUUUUUGUCCCGAGUCGGCCUCUCUUCUGCUCGUCUGACCUCUUGUCGCUGCUGCAUUUUGUUUUCGCCGGCUCACAUUGCAUUAGGGGAUUAAAAUGACAAGUGGUAGGCAUUUGUUUGCGGUGGUGUUGGGUGACAAACGCGGGGAAAGCGGCACACAAAGUGGUUUUGCCAGUUGUCGUAGCAUGCUAACUAACCUAGCCUGUCCUAGCUGUUAUUAUUAGCACGUUUGGCUAUCUACGUCCUGUCGUGUUUCUUUUAUCGCCUCUGCAACGUUAAAAUGUCAAUGCGUGGAUAUAAAUGCGUGGAGUUGGUGUAAUAAUGACACUGUUGCAAUGCUUCACGUCGUGUGUUUUUAUUUUUUUUUUUUAGUUACGUUGUGUGGCAACAGACGGUGCAGUGUAAGCGAAUACUGGCUGCACAUUUUUCAAAGUAAACAUUAACAAAAGCUAGUUAGUGAUGCUCUUUAAUUAUAGUUACCACGGCUAAAGGCCAGUCUGGGUGGCACUGAAACGCGAUUAGGUUGAACUAGUUACAUGUUGGUUUGCAGAAGCAUCAAUUGAACGUCAGUCAGCAGCAGAGCGUUAAAACACAUACAACUAAACUAAUAAGAUAACUUGAUUAUGUUCUGCAAAUCAAUCCUAAUGGAAGUCAUGUUCACACUAAUAAUGAAUUAGCAGUUUUAAUGAGGGAUUCUCCCCUUUCUCAAUUCAUUUAUGCAGCCAUGACCAUGCUUCCUAUUUCUCUCUGUCCAGAUGUGCACAGCAAUGCUCAGUUGUUUUUAAGGGGACAUUAAAUUAAUAAAUAUAGUGUGGUUGGUAACAGGCAGUAUCUCUGUCCAUUUUACACAUCAUACAGUGUAUAUAUUUGCUGUAAUGUUGAUGUACACAUCUUUAAUGUGUGUCUUUUAGUCAGACAAGACGAGGUAGAGGAACCUUUACAUUAUUAUUUCAGUUUGCGAUUACAGAGAAGUCGCUUUAACUGGCACAGUUAGUCACACAGACCGUGUUUGUAGUGGUUACUGGCCCAGUAGCCGGGGAGAGUCAUCCUUGCAACCAGAGCAACAAGCAGGGAGUUUGCAUCUCCCAUCUGGGAUAGGAUCUGUAAUCAAUUCGUGGCAUACAGAGCAGAUGAGGACGUUCCUGCAGAUAUGGUCGCAGAAGAAUCCGGUCCAGGAGCUCAGAACAGUCCCUACCAACUUAGAAGAAAGUCUCUACCCAAGAGAACAGUGUGUCCGACAAAGACAAACAUGGAGGGUGCUUCCACUUCAACCACAGAAAACUUUGGACACCGACCUAAGCGCCCCAGAGUGUCCGGGAAAUGUCAAGAAUUACCAGCAGCUCCAGCAGAGCAGUAUUUGCAGGAGAAGCUUCCAGACGAGGUGGUGCUAAAGAUCUUCUCGUACCUGUUGGAGCAGGACUUGUGCCGUGCAGCAUGUGUGUGCAAGCGCUUCAGUGAGCUGGCCAAUGACCCCAUCCUCUGGAAGAGGCUGUACAUGGAAGUUUUUGAAUACACGCGACCCAUGAUGCACCCCGAGGCAGGGAAGUUCUACCAGAUAAACCCAGAAGAGUAUGAGCAGCCAAACCCGUGGAAGGAAAGUUUUCAGCAGCUGUAUAAAGGAGCACAUGUUAAGCCAGGUUUUGCAGAACACUUCUACAGUAAUCCUGCCAGAUACAAAGGGAGAGAUAACAUGUUUUACUAUGACACCAUUGAGGAUGCUCUCGGAGGGGGUCAGGAGCCUCACUUUGACGGGCUGAUAUUCGUCCACUCUGGUAUUUACACAGAUGAAUGGAUCUACAUUGAGUCGCCUAUCACAAUGAUCGGAGCUGCUCCUGGAAAAGUAGCAGAGAAAGUCAUCAUUGAGAAUACCAGAGACUCUACAUUUGUGUUCAUGGAAGGCUCAGAAGAUGCUUAUGUUGGAUACAUGACCAUUAGGUUCAAUCCUGAUGAUAAAUCCGCCCAGCACCACAAUGCACACCACUGCUUGGAGAUUACGGUCAACUGCAGCCCAAUCAUCGACCACUGCAUCAUACGCAGCACAUGCACAGUGGGGUCAGCUGUCUGUGUCAGCGGCCAGGGUGCUUGUCCCACAAUCAAGCACUGCAACAUUAGUGACUGUGAAAAUGUUGGUCUUUACAUCACCGACCAUGCACAGGGAAUAUACGAAGACAACGAGAUUUCAAACAACGCUCUGGCUGGGAUCUGGGUGAAAAACCAUGGCAACCCAAUCAUCAGACGUAAUCACAUCCACCAUGGAAGAGACGUGGGCGUUUUUACAUUUGACCACGGCAUGGGUUACUUUGAGAGCUGUAAUAUCCAUAGGAACCGUAUAGCCGGCUUUGAGGUGAAGGCGUACGCCAAUCCAACAGUGGUUCGCUGUGAGAUCCAUCAUGGUCAGACGGGGGGCAUCUACGUGCACGAAAAGGGCCGCGGCCAGUUCAUCGAAAACAAGAUCUAUGCAAAUAACUUUGCUGGGGUGUGGAUCACCUCUAACAGUGACCCCACAAUAAGGGGCAAUGCCAUUUUUAACGGCAACCAAGGUGGCGUUUAUAUUUUUGGUGAUGGCCGAGGCCUCAUUGAAGGAAACGACAUCUACGGAAACGCCCUGGCGGGAAUUCAGAUCAGGACGAACAGCUGCCCUAUUGUCAGACACAACAAGAUCCACGAUGGCCAGCAUGGCGGCAUCUAUGUGCAUGAAAAAGGACAAGGUGUCAUAGAGGAGAACGAGGUGUACAGCAACACGCUGGCAGGAGUGUGGGUGACAACGGGCAGUACGCCAGUACUGAGGAGGAACAGGAUACACAGCGGGAAGCAGGUUGGGGUCUACUUCUAUGACAAUGGCCACGGCGUGCUGGAAGACAAUGAUAUCUACAAUCACAUGUACUCUGGAGUUCAAAUUAGGACUGGCAGCAAUCCUAAGAUCAGGCGGAACAAGAUCUGGGGCGGCCAGAAUGGAGGCAUUUUGGUUUACAACUCAGGCUUAGGCUUUAUCGAGGACAAUGAGAUCUUUGACAAUGCUAUGGCAGGAGUGUGGAUUAAGACGGACAGCAACCCCACUCUGCGGAGGAAUAAGAUCCAUGACGGGAGAGACGGUGGGAUCUGUAUAUUCAACGGAGGAAGAGGUUUGUUAGAGGAAAAUGACAUCUUCAGAAAUGCCCAAGCAGGAGUUCUCAUUAGCACCAACAGCCACCCCGUACUGCGGAAAAACAGGAUAUUUGACGGCUUCGCUGCAGGUAUUGAGAUCACCAAUCAUGCCACAGCGACCCUAGAAGGCAAUCAGAUCUUCAACAAUCGCUUUGGGGGAUUGUUUCUUGCAUCUGGUGUCAACGUUACAAUGAAAGAUAAUAAAAUCAUGAACAAUCAAGAUGCCAUUGAAAAGGCUGUGAGCAGAGGUCAGUGCCUGUACAAGAUUUCAAGUUACACCAGCUACCCAAUGCACGAUUUUUACAGGUGUCACACCUGUAACACAACAGACCGAAAUGCCAUCUGCGUGAACUGCAUCAAGAAAUGUCACCAAGGACAUGAUGUGGAGUUCAUCAGACACGAUAGAUUCUUCUGUGACUGUGGUGCAGGGACGCUGUCAAAUCCUUGCACGUUAGCCGGAGAGCCGACUCAUGACACAGACACACUGUAUGACUCGGCUCCUCCUAUAGAGUCCAAUACACUGCAGCACAACUGAGCUCGAGACCCGAGGUCCUCUUGCGCUUCAGCAGUAAUGGACAUAAGACACUUUAAGUUGUGCAGUGGAGGAAGUCCAAACUAAAAUACAGAUUCACUUUGACAGAGCAUAUACAGUGACUUUAAAAAAAAAAAAAAGAAGAAAAAAAAACAGACUUGGGACAUGAUUAUGCUAAAAGGAGACAUUUAGAAAAAAAAGUCUGAUUAUGGAUGCCUCGCUUUUUCUUUUUCUUCAAUUAUGUGACAAAAAAAGAUGACAUCACUUGGACAAAGCAGAAGAGCAGCUGACUCAGGGUUUGUGGGUGUGUUGGUUUGGUCAAGUAAAGCGACACCGGUGAGAGACGGACAAAAAGCCACCGAGACUCGUCUGCUUUUAAGAAGAGCGAGAUACUGCAGUCAUGUACAGACCCAUCGUGGACAGACGCUCAGUCAGAAGAGGCACAAUUUUUGUCAUGAAGCAAAGGCCCCAAAUACAACAAUGCUUCCAUCACUGGGCAACCGACGUGCUCGUAUGAUAAAUACGGGAAAAAUGACCUAGCACUUCAGCUUUUUUUUUUUUCCUCAAGACAACUGUUGAGAUUUGAUUUUAAUGCUUUUUGUGUAGUUUUGUAUUUUCAUGCAAAAAUCUUACUGUACUUGAAUGUCUUUAUUUUAUUAAAUGUGUUCAAUUUUUUUUGGUUAUUAUACCCUAGAAUUGCUGUAAUUAUACAUGUCGCAGUAUCUAACUUCUUUCUGUGAAAGAGAUCAGAGAAAAGAGAGGAAAACACUAAACACUUUCUCCAGCAAUGUUGACUCAUUUAUAUUUGCAAUACAGAAAAAUAGAUGCUGAAAUGUGCUUUCACAAGACUUGUGUAGCUUUUUCUGUUUUGAAUAGAAUCUUUAAAUGUCUGUCUUUGUAAAGGAGCUGAACAGUAGUGAUACUUCAGUUUGUUUUACAUAAUCUAUGCAUAUUUUUGUUUGUUUUCUGUUUGUAUUGGCCUGUCCUGUAAAACCUAGUUUAUAGGAAGGACUAAUAAGUUACAGGGCAAAAUAAGACAUUUUUACUAAAGGUUGCAGUUGUUUAACAAUUUAGGGGUGUAGUUUAAGCCAGAUGAACCCAUGGUAUUCUCAAGACACUGCCUGUUCUUUACUGAAUAAACAUUUUUGGUAGGGGUCAGAGUAUUAUCAUUCAUCUGUUAGGAGAUUGUCCAAAGACAUUUGGAUUUCCUGUCAUUGAUUUCAGUCAAGUAGAUUAUAUAAUCUAUACAUGUCUUGCCCUGUGUUAGAAUCAAUGGGGUUGCCUUCUCUUCAAUAUUGGGCACAAAUGCUGCUUCUCAGACUGUUAAUAUACACAACUUCAUUUUUCACUUAUUGGGUCAAAGAAAAAGAGACAGGGCUUGUGAAAGCACAGCUAAUUUUAAUGUUUUUCCCUUGUUUGCCAAUGUUGCUGGAGAACUUAAAUGCUUUUACUCUACUGAAGCUGAGACAAGUAUCUAUAUACAGCGCUAUAUGGUUUCAUUGCCCCCUCCCUUCCUCCCCUUUCAUGUGUACUGGUGAUUGUGGGUUCUCAUACAGACUGAAAUGUAUGCAUGUAUCAUAACAUCUAGACUUAAUAUAUUGUGAAGUAUUCAAUAACCGUUAUGUAGGCGCUAGCGUGAAUUAAAAGGGUUUAAUUUCCUA